ACUGAUAAAAAAGAAGGGGUAACCACAAGUAAUAAAGUUCCUUAUUUGGGUGAAAACUUAUCACUCUUUGGACUCCAAUCAGUCAGUAAAUUUAGUGACGCUGUUGCACAAGGUUUUGGUAAUGAGGAAUUCAUAAUAUUUAAACCGGCAAUUGUAAGCUUUCGGAAGUGGUGUGUGAAUAUUUCCUGAAGGAGGGAGUGUCCCUUUAAAAAAAUUUUCAAGUCGCAAAUGAAUUAAAACCUUUAAAGAAAAAUGUCGAAUAAAGGUGAUUAUCAAAACUCGGAUACAAAUGGAUUUCGGAAUGGAAAAGAUGAUAAAGUUCUUGAGGAGACAUACAUAAAUGAAGCUUUUGACGAUAAUGAAUGCUUAAUAGGUGGUGCAGGAUGCAGUGAGAAAGAGGAGAAAGAAGAAAAACCUGAAGAUGAAAUUCCACCUGUGACAUUUUUUUCAUUAUUUAAGUAUUCUUCUGCCUGUGAUAAAUUGCUGAUGAUCAUUGCCUGUAUCAUAGCCAUAGCGUCUGGUUGCGCAACGCCAGGAAUUAUGACUAUAUUUGGAAAAGUCAUCCAGAAAAUGAUCACCUACGACAUGACUGUUAACAAUAUUUCAACUUCCAAUAUGACUAAAGAAGAUUUUCUAGAAAGUGCAACAAUGCUGUGUAUUUAUAAUGCAGCUUUUGGGGGAGUAAUGUUGAUUUGCAAUUACAUAUUUGUAAGCUUUUUUAAUACAGCAGCAGCUAAUCAAGCAUUUAGAAUCCGUUGUUUAUUUAUGUCUUCAGUGUUGAAACAGGACAUCGGAUGGUAUGAUACGCAUGAAACUGGAGAUUUCGCUAGCCGUAUAACUGGGGAUUUAACAAGAAUACAAGAUGGCAUGGGAGAGAAAGUCGGCAUAUGCCUCAGCUUUUUAUCUUCUUCCUUUUUAUGUCUUGGCGUAGGUCUAUAUUACGGAUGGAAACUUGGAUUGGUAAUUCUUGCCAUAUCACCAAUACCAGCAAUCGCUACGGCUGUAGUGGCUAAGAUACAGGCAAACGUUUCUAGAGAAGAAAGUCAGGCCUAUGGUGCAGCAGCUUCUGUAGCUGAAGAAGUAUUAUCAUCUAUUCGAACAGUUUCUGCAUUUGGAGGAGAGAUCAAAGAAAUUCAAAGGUAUGAAAACCGCUUACUUCCUGCUAUGCAAAAAGGUAUCAAAAGGGGACUGUGGACUGCUAUGGGAGCAAGCGUAACUUCGCUUUCCAUAUAUGCAGGAUAUGCUCUUGCUUUUUGGUAUGGUGUUAAGCUUAUUACUGAAGAUUAUGGUAAACAAAACCCCGAAUAUGAUGGUGGAGUUUUAAUUAUUGUAUUUUUCAAUGUUAUGUUUGCGUCAAUGUUUCUUGGACAAACAUCUCCAUAUUUUGAAGCGUUUGCUCUAGCGAAAGGUGCUGCAGCUAAAAUAUUUCACAUUAUUGAAAGGAAACCAGUUAUUGAUAGCAGCUCUGAGGCAGGAUUAAGACCAAGAGCUUUGAGAGGUGUCAUAGCUCUUAGGGAUGUGAACUUUAGUUAUCCAGCUAGAAAAGAUGUGGCAGUAUUAAAAAAUAUGUCACUGGAUGUUGCGCCGGGAGAGACUGUUGCUUUAGUUGGAUCAAGUGGAUGUGGAAAAAGCACCAUCAUUCAACUUGUUCUAAGAUUUUACGAUACUGAUUCAGGAAGUGUUGAGCUUGAUGGCACAGAUGUCAAAGAUUUGAACGUUGGUUGGUUAAGAGACCAUAUAGGUCUCGUUGGACAAGAGCCUGUACUAUUUUCGACAACAAUUUUAGAAAAUAUUAAAUACGGUAAACUAGACGCAACGCAAGAAGAAAUUGAGACAGCUGCCAAAAUUGCUAAUGCGUAUGACUUCAUUGAUGCCUUACCAUUAAAAUACAAUACUCUUGUGGGAGAACGUGGAACUCAGCUGAGUGGAGGUCAGAAACAAAGAAUUGCUAUAGCUCGUGCCUUAAUAAAAAAUCCUAAAAUAUUAUUAUUGGAUGAAGCAACUUCAGCGUUGGAUACUGAAAGUGAAGCUAUAGUUCAAGCUGCUCUAGACCAGGCUCGCAAAGGAAGAACGACAAUUGUUGUUGCACACAGGCUUUCAACGAUUAGAACAGCAGAUAAAAUUGUUGCUUUAUCAGAAGGAAAUGUAAAAGAGACUGGUACACAUGACGAAUUAAUGAAAAGAAAAGGUCUUUAUUAUGAUUUAGUUGUUACACAGGUAAAAGGAUUUCAAAAUUUAUAG